AUGGGAGCGGGACGCCGGCUUUUAUGUUUAUCUCCCACGGAUAGCGAGGGAAGGCACCCGGGGGCUCAUAACCUGCCAAAUACGGCAAUUGAUCCAGGAUAUCGGAGGAGCUCUGGCCUGAAAAUCCGCUGUCGUUGCUUCCCUCAGGGUGAACUUACCCCUUCAUUUGGCAGGCAUGGUUACCGCAUCGGACAUGCGAGCAUUGAUGAGCUCGUCGCGGGGAUCCCGGGUGAUGUUUGUGCUUCACUGAAUCGAGUGCAUUUGUCUCCCCAGAUAGAUAUGAAUUUGCAAUACUCUCUACGCGGUUCAUGGUGCAUGGUUGGCUGGGCAAUCAGGCCUCCGCCAAACAACUGGAACUGGCUAUGUGGAUACGAAAUGAGCCGUGUGGCCUGCGGUGGCUACCACUUAUUGGAGCCUAGCCUCUUCUACACCUUACAGUUAGGCGUCAAGGAUAGUGAGGUCUACGGAUCGCCAUCAAGAACGGUAACAAUCUCCAUGGAAGAAAGGAAUGUGGCUAGCAAGGCCAGUUUAACCAGAUGUCAUCUUCUGCGCAAAGGAGAAGCCACUACGUCCUUGGCGAACCGCUGGAGAACCAUUAGCACUCGGUUGUUACCCAUCUCCAACUACCUACAGCAACGUGGUCGUCGUCCACUCUGUUUAUUCAGCAGAUGCAUCGUGAAGAGUCAACGCCUAGGCAAAGAAACUACGGAAAGAUAUUCCAAUAGUCAGGGAAUGUUCACAUCAACUCUAGACGAAGCGGACAGGCCAACUGUCACAGUUUUCAUCUGCGAAGAGUCCUUGAGGAGUGGGAGUGAGAGGGCCACCCAGGUACAGUACAGAGUGUUUACUACGCUGGUAUGACCUUCAAUUUUCGGUAGUUCCACCCUAAUAUUUUAGUGGCAUUCCAACCAUCAAUCCGGGGUGGCGCGUUCUCAAUCAUCCCCAUACAAAUACUCCGUAGAAGAUUCUUAUUGUCUUCAUUCUUAUUAUUCUCGUACGCGCUAUUCUUUAUUAUUCUCUAUCAAGAUAGACCUCCUUGCUGCUCUUGAACCUCCAGUUGCACCUCCUGAAGAUCCAGAACCUCCUGCUACACCUCCAAAGCAAUUAACCCGCAAGCAAUGUUGAGAUCUGGCUCUACUAAUCUCUAUUGCUUCGUAUGACGUCAGAUGAUCUCGAUAAAUGUUAAUCCUCUACACGGAGUACGGAGUACUCUGUCGUAACAAUAAAAACAGCAUAACAAUAAAAAUGAAAAUAGGUAUUUUUUAUAUGAGAAUCAUAUAUAAAAGAUACAAACAUUGAAGAUGAAAAUUCAAAUUUUGUACUAAAAUUUUAGUCUGUUUUUCAGAUUUGAGAAAAUG